CGACUUCUGUAAUUGGUGUCUUCUACGGUGACAUGGCAGGCGUAAUAGCGGCGUAGGGUGUCGACGGUGGGAUUCGACUGCCCACCUGCAUAGACAGUGUUGGACGCGUUGUAAACCUUACCGGUUUGUCCGUAAUGCAAUCUGCCAAUCGAAAGCGGAAACUGAACUGGGUCAACCUGUGAACAUGCCAACGGUGGACAGUUAUUAUGAUAUGCUUGCGGCUAACGAAAAGCGGCUGGAGGAGGGCCGCAACACGCAGCGGCAAGCAGUCGAUUCGCCGCGCAGCAUGCAACUCCGGGAGCAGUACUUGCGCCAGGCGGUCAAUCUUGGCCUUAUCCCGGCCAAGUUCUACUCUCCUCCAGCGACAGCCGCCCAAUCUCCUCGCCCCUCCACAGCCGCCGCUGCCACAACCGCCUCUCCUCGUAGUCGCCGCGUCACUGGACCCUCAGCAAGCGCAGUACGGCACAGCCCAAGCCACGGCCGCGGCCGCAGCAACACGUACGGAGGCGGGGGCCACAAUGGUAGCGAUGACCUGAGCCCUGACGGCAUGGCCCGGGAAUUGGUGCGGGCCGACCUCACGACACGGAGCUCUGCGGUGUUUACAGACAGGCGGCAGCAGCAGCGGCUGAGCGGGCGUGCACGUGACCAGGACGGCAGCAUGGAUGAUGGUGAUGAUGAUGACCAUGAUGUUCAGGAGGAGGAGCAGGAGAAAAGGGUGCGGUUUCUGGACUCUCGGGCCUCAGGCAGACAGGCCGCCAAUGGCAGCAGCAGCGGCAGCAGCAGCAACAGCGGCAGUAGCGAUAGUGAGGAGUACGGCAUCAGACGAGGCGUUCCCGAGAGGCUGCACGGCCGCAGCAUGGGAGGCUUUGAUGGCCGCGGCGGCGGCGGCAGCCCUGCAAGCCGGCGGCGGCGUGGUGAAAGUGAGGGUGGUGUUCGCGGCUUGGAUGUGCCGUCGCCGGCUUUUCUUCGCAGGUGGCGAGCCAACAAGCAAAAGGAGGACCCUGGCGGUCAUGUAGUGCGGUUCCUGCUUCACACGUCAGAAGAGAUUCGGAGCGGCGGUGACGAAGACGAUGAAGCGGCCGCUGUUGAGGAGCAGCAAGGUGCCGUACCUUUAUCCGGGCGGCCGAGCAGCGGCGGCGGUGUCGGUUGGGCUAACAGCCCCAAGGCCAACGCAAGUACGGCAAGCGGAGGUGGUUGGGCCGCGAAUAAUCCCCAGCUCAACGGCUACCCGCUGCAGUGCAGUGGUGGCAGUUCAGCCCGCCGCUGCGGCGAUGCUGUUGCUGCCGACCCAUGCGAUACCGACUGCGGUUGCGGUGGAGGUGGUGGCGGCUGCGCCGGAUGGGUCAGCGGCGGUUGUGGCAGCGGCACAUGGGCUGACGGCGGCAUCGCUGGCGACGCAAAGGUUUGUUGGAGUGACCCGCGUCACGACACCGCUAACGGCGGUUGGUCCAGUUGCGGCGGCGCCACCAGUAGCAACGGGCCUAGCGGCGAUGAUGGCGCUGCUGCUGCUUACCGGUGCCGCAGCAGUUUCGGCUCAGCGGCGCAGCAUCCGCAGCAGCCUGCCAUAAUACGGCCCGCGUACGACACACCUCGUACAGCAUAUGAUCAGGUGUACGACACACCACGGAUGUCGUACAAUCCCUCGCCGCUGAGUGGACGACGACAAGUCGUGUUGUCGGAGGCUGGAGCGACUGCGGCUGCUUCAGCUCGCAUGCGCAACGUGUCAGUGUCCGUGUCGCCUAGGCAGCAACAGGAACAACAUCAACAACAACAACAGCAUGUGCUGCAGUCUCAGCCGCCAUACCCAGAGCCGCAGCUGCAACGACAGCUACUCUUGCAGCAGCUGCAAAAGCAGCAGCAGCAGCAACAACAGCAGCUCCUGCUGUCACAGCUACAGGAGCAGCAACAGCAGUCGCUGCAGUCGCCAUCCCCGCCACAGCAGCCCGGCGGGCUGGUCAUCUACCGCACAGUGGGAACCCAGACGCCCGUACCUCUCUCGCUCGGCGGUAGUCCCAUGCAGCUCAACCAUCCAGGCAGCCAGCCCACAUCUGUUGGCGGGGCAUCAGCAGCAGCAACAAGAGGACCUCUCCCCGUGCCCUAUCCUCCCCAUCCCAAUGCCCCCACCGCAGCACCCCAAAACCACAUCGGCGGCGUUGGAAGCCCUGCUAUGGUGCCCCACCAACAUCAUCAAAUGUACGACAGUUCGGUUAGGGAGUUCGGAUUGUCGUACAGCGGGCCUUCGGGUGAUGCGCCUCUGCCGUACGCCGGUUGCGCUGCUGUACCAUCCUACUCCCACGCAUGUGUUGGCACCUCGUCAUCUCCUCAGCUGCUUGCUGGCGGAGGCAGCAGCAGCAGCACUGAGGCGGGUCCAGGAGCGACAGCAGCUGCCUUGGCAGCUAAUGGGGCUGCGGCAUGGGUGCCGUACGAGAAUCCAAGCCUUGGAAAUUCUCCGUACCUUGGCACAGCUCGGUCGCACGGGGGUGCUGUUCCGGUCGCUCCUAAUGUUUUUGCUACGAGCUAUCAUGAGGGUAGCCACGGCAAUUGCCGUACUGUGUCGUACGACGAUAGCAUCCCGGUCCAUGAUGACGUCAGAUUUCAAACGUCGUACGAUCCAUACGGAAACACAAGCCCCCCUCCGCCGUACGGUAGCAGGGUUCCUCCGAGCCACAGUGUGAACAGCGACAGCAGCUUCUUCGCAGCCAUGCAACAGCAGCAGCAGCAGCAGUACGAGCAGUACGACAGCAGCGCCGGUAGCAGCCUCAUUGGCUGCGGAGAGAGCCAAACCUGGCAGCAGCGUGCCAGCAGCGGCAUCGACGUUGCCGCAGACCCAUCCCCGCCACAGACCCUCCGGCUGUCCAUGCAUCAGACGCUGUCUACCUCCUCCACCUCCACCAACGGGAUAGCCCCAACCACACGGCCCGGUGUCAUAGCUCCAUCACCGCCCACCUCCUUAUCGGGCGUCUCAAACGCAAUCGCUCACGUGACCCGUCCUCACCAUUCACAACGCAGCAGCAACAGCAGCACCUCAACCAACGCCCCAACCACCAAGGCCCAUUAUUCCCACGGUGUUGUCGUACGGCAAUCCAGCUGUGCGCCUGAGGCCUCCUCCUCCAACUGUGAGACCUCCAACGCUGUAUUCAGCCGGGGCGCUGGUGCUGCUGCCGCAGAGGGCAACAUCGCUGUUGACGCUAAUGCUGGCGCUGAUGCUGAUGACGUCGAUGACCUCGAUAGCCGCAUGUCGGCAUUGGUGGAAGCCACCGUGAGCCUAGGAGGGAGCUGGGUCAUCGAGGACGGCCGGCCUUCCCCUUCACUGCCAUCAACAUCAUCACCAUCAGCAGCAGCACUGCGCGCUACCAACCGUCCUGCUGGCGGUGCGCCCGCAGUAAAUGGUUGGGAGGAGCGCUUCGCGGGCUUUGGCGGGCCUGCAGGGGCCGUUCGUGGCUGGUUGCGUGACGGUGCUGGUGGCGUUGGUGGUUGUGAUGCUGGGGGCUCGAAUGAGGAGGUCCCCGGUGGGGGCUGCCAGUGGUCUGCAGCAGCACCCAGGGAGGCACAGUGGGCGGAAGCGGCAGGUGGUGAUGGUGGUGCUGCUGCUGCCUCGGUGCCUCUGCCGCCUCCGCCGCCGCAUGAAAGCGUAUGGCCGUCGUCUUCGCCUUCUGCAGCCGCAGCAGCAGCAGCGGGGGAUAUAUCGCUUCGGGAUCAGCAGGCGGCGGUGGUGCGGGAGAUGCAGGUGCUGCUGCACCGUUUGGCAGACAUACGUGGGCAGCUGGGUGGCGGGUAGGAGCUGCGGUGCUGUGAUGAGCGAGGGUUGAAGAUGGCGCGGUUGGUUUACCUGGUAGCCUGAUGACCUGGUUUGACCUCCUGUGUAAGCGGGACGUGACGGAACCAAGUGCGUGAACACUCAGGAAGAAAGCCAUUCUGAGGAAACGGCGCUAUCCAUGUAUGUUUUCGUGUGGUGGUGGGGGUGGCAGGGUGGGGCAUAAUGUGUCUCUUGGCAGUCAGCUUGGUAGCAUAUGUAUAAGGAUGAAUGCAUUACAUGUAUUUGCCUUUUCAGUGUCCGUUCAUAGGCAAAGAGCAAUGCUUCUGGCAAACACAUUUAUUCUAUUGGCAAAGCCCUAUCUGCAGACGGGUGUAUAGGAUACUGGAAUGAUGACAACGCUACCAAGCUAUAGCCGUAAGGCCCAUCCUCGACUGGUUCAUUCUGGUGGUUUGUGUUGUUACCUGCUGUACCUGGACAACUCUUUGGUGUCUGUGGUGAUGUGGCGUGGAUGCGCAUUUUGGUGUCAACGACUGUCUCUCUCUCAAAUCCUAACCUUGGCCUGCCAUGAGCGAAAUGGAGGCUGUAAGGGCGUAGUCGCGUGGUUGUAACUCCAUAACUGCACCA